GCGUCGUCCAGGUCAUGUCGUCCGCUAUGCGCAAGUUGAUCCCGUUGGGGAACCGUGUCCUGGUCAAGAAGGUCGAGCCGGUGCUCAAGACGGCCGGCGGCAUCUACCUGCCUGACUCUGCCAAGAACACCCAAACCGAAGGUGAAGUCGUCGCUGUCGGCCCUGGCGCGCGCAACUUUGAAGGCAACCUUAUUCCCAUUGGUGUCUCUGUCGGCGACAAGGUGUUGCUGCCUGAAUACGGUGGAUCCGUGCUCAAGUUGGGUGACGACGAGUUCCACCUCUACCGCGAUGAAGAAAUCUUGGGAAAGUUCCAUUAAGCACUGCCCGAUCACGCCUGUAGCCUAGAGUUCCUCUUCUGUUGCGCAAAUUCCCUUUUGUUCAAUGGAGACCUAAUUUUGACAUCUCC